AUGACAGGUAAGAUGGCUGUUGAAAACAUCACCCUGAACUCUCCAAACCAGAGCAGCUGCGAUUUGUUUGUCUACCAGAGAGCUGCCGUGGUCCUCUUCCCUAUUUUCUACUCUGUUGUUUUCAUUAUCAGCGCCAUUGCCAACAGCUUGGUUCUCUAUGUGAUCUGCCAGAGGAAGCAGAAGUUCAACUCGACCUCCAUCUAUCUGGUCAACCUCGCACUAUCGGAUAGCCUGUUCACACUGACUCUGCCCACCAGAAUUAUUUACUACAUCCGCCAUUUUAACUGGCCCUUCGGUGACCUUCUCUGCAGGCUGACCACAGUUCUCUUCUUUGCAAAUACUUAUACAGGUAUCGCCUUCAUGACCUGUAUCAGUCUGGAUCGAUACCUGGCCAUGGUGCAUCCACAGCGGCUGCAGUGUUUGCGGAGCGUGAAGGUUGUUCGCAGAGUGUCCUGUCUGGUCUGGGCUCUGGUAUCCCUGGAGGUGGCUCCUCUGCUGUUUCGCAACAUGCUGCGUGAGCACCAGGGAAGACAAACCUGUAUGGAGUACUUCAACUUUGAGGGCUCCCGCUUCACCCCGUACCUCCUGCUUCUGGCCUGUGUCAUCUCAUUCUGCUGCCCGCUCAUCAUCAUCAUGGGCUGCUACGCCAAGAUCAACCUGAAGCUGCGAGCUGCAGCCAAGCAGAACUCUGUAACCGGUCGAUCAAAGAGGAAUCAUAGGGCCAACACCAUUAUUCUCCUCAUCCUCAUCACCUUUAUCAUAUGCUUCAGCCCUUACCACCUCAACGUCAUGCAGUUCAUGUUCAGAAAGAUGCACCACCAGGCAACCUGCGAGGAACUGAAGGUCUUUAAGAUGUCCUUACAGAUCACAGUUUCACUAAUGAACUUCAACUGCUGCUUGGACCCAGUCAUCUACUUCUUCGCCAUUAAGACCUACAAGAAGCGGGUGUUGAGUCUGUUUAAGGACUAUCUGUAUACUAACGGAGCCUCCUCCAAAAUGACAGCUGAGAACAGCAGCAGCAACACCUGAGAGAAACCACAGCACAGCUUACAGGACAUGUACAACCAGCGUCACAGAGACCUAGUUUUAAGAGGACCUCUCUCUUCGACAAACAAGUCUUUCAUGUGAGAUAUUGUGGACAUUGUGCGUGUGCAUAUGCAGUAGUGGAAAGAUCCAAUUUAA